AUGCUGCCAUCCGACGUGACCACCCAGAUAAGGUGGUAUCGAAAAGCUGUCUAUUUUUUGUCUUUCUUUUCCACGAAGAAGAACUAUUCUUCUGUCAGCUAUAGCACCCUUUCGAUGCCUAGCGGCUUGCCCCCCGAGGGAAGCACGAGAGCUCAGAUACUGCCACGUUGCCCAAGUGUAAACAGAAGUCGAGAUGUAGAGAUCGGUUUCGAACCACGGACCUUCCUGUCAGUAAAUUGGAGAACUAACCACUAA